AUGCACCGCCUCCACGCAAGUCCGACUGAAAAUACAGUCAGUUUCCAUCAUGCAGUACACUUUCGGACAAACUCAUCGAUCCCGUUAUCGAUACUGCCAAAACCGACAACGUUCUAGAAUCUAUGUUUGUCUAGGGCUAUGGGGAGACCAUGUGACUAUUGAACAUGCGCCAUCAUAGUAUGCACGGGUCUUGGUUUGUGGGUAUGUGUCAAGCUUUGUCACGGUCCCUUGCCUCAGGCACAUACUACUAGCGUGGGUCCUAGUUUGUUUCUUUAUACCAGUCUUGCCAGAUUCAAAAUCCGUUCUGAAAUUCAAGUGGUCCUCUACACUGCAUCAGGGUAGAUCAACGUCUGAUAGAAUCACAUUCGAGGACAAGUAUCAGUACAUUAUCAUCAUGAUCGCCGCCUCCCCGGAAGUCUGCCCAUCUGGUUCAUACGAACCAACCACUGCGGACAUUCUCACAGUCAAAAAAUACUUCAAGUUAUUUUCCAUCCCACUUCCAGAUGAACUCAUCGAUGACAUCAUCGAUGCUGCCUCCUAUUGGGCACACACAUCUCUAGCAAUCAAUGGUCAUAUUGUUGCCUAUGCCAACAGAGACUCGGACAAGAUGUACAUGCGUACAUUACCUCUUGCAGUGUAUGGCACAGAAGGAGACUUCCUACUCGACAAAGAAAAUUUACAGGGAGAAGGGUUUGUCCUGGGCGGGCUACCUCCAACUGAGCUGGAGUGGGCAGCGCCUAGACGUGCCAAACCUUUUCGCAAGAUCGAGUUUCAGCUAUGGAGUCAUGACCAGGGCUGGGGCGGUGAACGUGGUUGUCAAGGAACGUACAAUAGCGCUUACUCCUGGUUCGAUGCCAGUGUGGAGAGACUUCACUCCACUUCCUAUUUCACAGGAAGCAUCGAGUGGCCCUCUUCAUUCCUCUUCACCGCAGUCGAUGCCCCAGAUAUGCCAGACGACAUCACAUCUAUUCAAAAAGAUGUCAAACGACCAUUCAUACCUUCUCCUUCCACUCUCCAGAAAAAUAUUGUUGCGGAAAAUCGAACGACACACCAUAUCAUCACUUGGACGGACCUUGACGAUGUCAAAGAAGGUUCACCUGAAGCGAUUGCAGCUGAAAAUAGGGGACAGGGAUGGAAAUCAUACGAUGGUAGCUUUGUACGUGACUUGCAGGUCGGUGACUGCAUUACUUUGUGGAUGAGGGCUCGCUUCCCAGGCUGGAGCAACAAUGUUGUGAAGGCGAAGAUAACAGCAUUUUGGGCAGUAUAGGCUGAUCUACUAGUUGGUGUCAAAAAUGUGGAAAAACCACUUCUUAUAUUAUGUACAUCUGUAUGGCAUCCGAUGCGUAGAGAUUUCAAUCAAGGCUUUCAAGAUA